CCAUCACAAUACGACAGACAACUCAAACAUCUUCAUAUAAAUAGCAACAGCGAAGCAUAUUUCUUUCAAGUAUUGUUUGUUCAAAAUGGAUAGGCAAGCAUUUGAGUUGAUGUGUUUUUUAACGCUCUUGACAUAUUUUUUGCUGUUCAAUGUUACCUACGCGAUGACAAGACAACAGCUGAAAAAUUCAGGAAAAAUUAUGAAAAAGUCCUGUAUACCGAAAAACGAUGUAACUGAAGAUAUGGUCGGUUCAAUAGAGCAGGGAAAAUUUAUAGAAGAAAGAAAUGUUAUGUGUUACAUCGCAUGUAUUUACACUACGACUCAAGUGGUAAAAAAUAAUAAAUUAAGCCAUGAAGCCCUGCUCAAACAGGUAGACAUGAUGUUCCCGGCCGACAUGCGAGUCGCUGUCAAGGCUAUGGCUGAAAAAUGCAAGGACGUUUCAAAGAAAUACCAAGAUAUAUGUGAAGCUUCAUAUUGGACUGCAAAAUGCAUGUACGAUGCUGACCCGGCCAACUUUGUUUUUCCUUAAAUAGCUUAAAAAUUAUGUUGUGAUACAUAAUAUAUGUAUUAUAUGUAGUUGUGAUACAUAAUAUAAGCAUUGCAUUUGAAA